GACACGUACGUCUGCUGGCCUGCCCUCGGCUAGCUAUAUAAAGACGAGCAUUCCCACAGCUUCUGGCAACCACACUACACCAGCAGCGUAACACUAGAGUGGGUUCUGCUAAUCUGCUUCAAUUCAUCGCCACACGAGAUGAGAGCAAUCGCGGUGGUGGCCAUGCUGGUGGCCGCGGCCUUGCUGGCCGUGUCCGCGCGCGCCGAGCAGUGCGGCUCGCAGGCCGGCGGGGCGACGUGCCCCAACUGCCUCUGCUGCAGCCGCUUCGGCUUCUGCGGCUCCACCUCCGACUACUGCGGCUCCGGCUGCCAGAGCCAAUGCAGCGGCUGCGGCAACACGCCGGUCACCCCGACCCCCUCCGGCGGCGGCGGCGGCGGCGUGUCCUCCAUCGUGCCGCGGUCGCUCUUCGACCGGAUGCUGCUUCACCGCAACGACGCGGCGUGCCAGGCCAAGGGGUUCUACACCUACGACGCCUUCGUGGCCGCCGCCAACUCCUUCCCCGGAUUCGCGACCACGGGCGGGGCCGACGUCAGGAAGCGCGAGGUGGCCGCAUUCCUGGCCCAGACCUCCCACGAGACCACGGGCGGGUGGCCCACGGCGCCCGACGGCCCAUUCUCGUGGGGAUACUGCUUCAACCAGGAGCGCGGCGCCACCUCCGACUACUGCACGCAGAGCUCCCAGUGGCCGUGCGCGGCGGGGAAGAAGUACUACGGCCGCGGGCCCAUCCAGAUCUCCCACAACUACAACUACGGGCCGGCGGGCCAGGCCAUCCGUGCCGACCUGCUGGGGAACCCGGACCUGGUGGCCACGGACCCGACCGUGUCGUUCAAGACGGCGUUCUGGUUCUGGAUGACGGCGCAGGCGCCUAAACCGUCCAGCCAUGACGUUAUCACUGGCCGGUGGAGCCCCUCGGGCGCAGACCAGGCGGCUGGCAGGGUGCCGGGGUUCGGCGUGAUCACCAACAUCAUCAACGGCGGGCUCGAGUGCGGCCGCGGGCAGGACAACCGCGUCGCCGACCGGAUCGGGUUCUACAAGCGCUACUGUGACCUCCUCGGCGUCAGCUACGGCGAUAACUUGGACUGCUACAACCAGAGGCCGUUCGCUUAGUCGAUCGGCAACAUUAUAAGGUCGUAACCUGCACGAAUAUACGGCCGGCAACACAAUAAAAGCUACGGAGCAGCUCUCCGUGUAUUGUAACCAUAGCGUUGCAGAUCGGUAGAGCUCCUGUACGUACUUAACAUGAAUAAUCUCCUGUGCGAUUGAUGAUCAUGAUGUGUAAUCGGUUGUAAUACAAUAAACGAUGUUAUGAUUAUGAGUAAUCUAUUACAGAUUCUUCACA